AUGGCCGCCGACGCCCGACUCGUCCCUGUUCUCGACGGACGAGGCCGCGAUUGCGGACUCGGAGCUAACGCAAGCCGAGAGGGAGGAGUACCACCGCGGCCUCGUGACUUGGAAGAAGGCGAAGAGUUGGCGUUUCUGGAUAAGGUGGAAGUGGGUGCCGUGGCUCCAGCGGCAAAUGGUGGCGGGUUGGAGCUGUUUGGUUCCCCGGGAUCCCUGAUCAUCAAACACCUCACGCCCGUCGUCGAGGAGCUCCGCAAAGUCAAGUAUGGCUGGGUACUGGCCAUUCUGGGGCUGGUCGUGCUCAACUUCCCGCCGCUUAUGGGGAGCGAGCUGCUCAUGGUCGCGUGCGGCGUCGUUUGGGGCAAGUGGGGCUAUCCCAUCGUCGCGGUCGGCACGAUUCUCGGCGAGAUGGCCAACUUCACCGUCUGGAGCACCUGCUGCUCGGCCCGGGCUGAGAAGUUCUCCCGCAAGUCGCUGAACUAUGCCUGUCUCCGGCGCGUCAUUGAUGACGGCGGCCUGUUCCCGGCUUGGGUCAUUCCCCAAGCUAACGCCCAGCCGGCCAAGUUCCUCCUCGCCAUCAUCCUCUCGCUGCCCAAGCAGUUCGUGGCCGUGUACCUGGGCGUACUUCUCAUCAACGGCGACCAGACGGACACGAGUCGCAUCCUCUCCCGCGCCGUAGUCUGCACCGGUGUCCUCUUCACCCUCGCCAGCUUCUGGUACCUCCAGAACUCGAUGGUGGCUGUGCGCAAGAGCGUGAUUCUUGGCAUGCGCGCCGAUCUCGCGCGAAGAGGCAUCGUCGAACCGCCCCCGGACACGCCGCUCACACCCGCCCUGCACAGUCUUGGUCCUCACGCACCGGGGCCGCACACACCGGGAAGCCACGGACUGCACACACCAGCCCCCACGACGCCGGACACUUCGCACUUCCUCCUGACCCCAGAGACACCGACCGACCACAGGGACCACACGUAA